AUGGUGACCAUCAUGGUGACUGCGGUCCUUCUUGACAGGUACAUUCACAACUGCAAUCACGCGUUUGAGAUGGGUGACUUCGCCCGCUGCGAGCUUCGCCGGCUGGAGAGCAAGGGGCUGCAGCGCAAGGGGCUGCAGCGCAAGGGGCUGCAGGAGAAGGGGCUGCAGGACCAGGGGCUGCAGGACCAGGGGCUGCAGGACCAGGGGCUGCAGAGCAAGGGGCAGCAGAGCAAGGGCCGAUGCUCGUAUGCGCAGUGCGGCGGCAAGCUGUGGAAGGGCACCCAGAGGUGUCAGGCGGAGAGUCGUUGCGUUGCCAUCAACGAGUGGUACAGCCAAUGCCUGCCUGGUGACCUGUCAAAUCCUGACCAAGCUGCCACCGCAGCGAAGGUCGCGGCACAGGCGCAGGGCAAGACCGUCGAGGAGCAGGCGAACUACGCGGGGGAUGCGGCCAGCAAGGCUGCCCAAGCGGCAGGCAUGGCGGUGACGUCGCAGGCGACUCGCGCCUACGUGGGUUCCGCAGGAACUGGCGUUGCAGGUGGACUGACAAAGGACCAGGCGGACAAGAUCGGAUCAGCAGCUGCGAGAGCGGCUGUGAGUGGGGCAGGCUUGACCGGAGACGAGGCCAAGACCGCAGCGGAUGAGGCCAUUGAGGAAGGACAGGUGAUCGUUUUCGGCGACAAGGCGGCACCAGAUGCUGUCGCCGUUGCGGCCGAUACUGCGUCACAGCUGGCCAAGGACCAGGGCAAGGGUCCAAAGGAUACCUGCAAGGCUGUUUACAAAGCGGCCGCCAAGAUGAGCCAGGUCCAAGGCGAUCCUUCACCAGCGACGGAAGCCGGGAAGUUGGGCGCCCUCAAGGCGGCCAAGAUGGGCCUUUCGCCGAAGGAGCAGGUGGACUGCGUGGUGAAGGCUGCGCAGGAGUACGCGAGGGACAACGGGUUCGAGCCCUCCAAGAUCGCGGCCGAUAUGCACGAUGCCGGUAUAGCAGCAGCUGCGACCAAUCAGGAGGCCGCCAGCACCGUGUCCGACAGCAUGAAGGACACGGAAGUGGGGCCUGCAGAGAAGCUGCGCAUCCCCGACGAGCUCUAUGACAACUGUUUGAAAGCUGGCAAGGCGCAGGCCACCAUUGCGGAAGCCGCGAGUGAGGCGGCCAUGAUAGCAACAAAGCUGGGGAAGACCUGGGGCCUCUCUGCUUCCGACACUGCAGAGUCGGCCAGGAAGUGCGCCUAUGAGGCGGCGGAGGCCGCCCAAGCUACUGUGACCCAGGCCACGGCGGCAGGCGAGGCUGCAAGGAGCACGGCAGACUCGGCUGUCACUGGGCCAUCGGACGGCGUUAAGAUAAAGCCCCAGCCCCUCCAGAACAUCGGAGAGAAUUGCUGGUACUCCUGCUCCAAGAGGAACGGCCUGUGUGCAUUCUGCGGGAUCGGCAACGCUUGCUGCAAGAGGGAUGAUGAGGCUCCUUCGAAAGAGUGCACGGAUAUCACGACCUUCACCACCGAUCAUCACGAGUGCGUAACUCCGGUGCACCAGCCUUUGGACUUGAAGGAUGUGGGAGCAGAAGUUGCCACGGCUGUGGUGGUAGCUGGCGGGUCCAAGACUCCUGUCCCCGUGGUGGUGCCCAUCGCCAUCGGCGGCGCCACCGCGGCUGGCACGGCUGGCUCGGUGACUGGGGCAACGCCGGGCACAGCCACCGGCUCCACACCUGGCACGGCGACCGGCUCGACGCCGGGCACGGCAGCGACCGGCUCCACGCCUGGCACUGCAGCCGGCUCGACGCCUGGCACGGCGACCGGCUCGACGCCCGGCUCAACACCUGGCACAGCGACCGGCUCCACGGUGACGCCUGGCACAGAAACCGGAGCCGGCUCGACGCCGGGCACGGCCACUGGCUCGACACCUGGCACAGCGACUGACUUCUACCCUGGCACGGCGGGCACAGAAACUGGAGCCGGCUCGACACCUGGCACGGCGACUGAGUUCUACCCUGGCACAGCGGCUGGCUCAACGCCUGGAACAGAAGCUGGCGCCGGCUCGACGCCUGGCACGGCCACUGGCUCCACACCUGGCGCCGCGACCGGCUCCACACCAGCCGGCUCGACACCUGGCUCGACGCCUGGCACGGCCACUGGCUCCACACCUGGCGCCGCGACCGGCUCCACACCAGCCGGCUCGACGCCUGGAGCCGGCACGGUCCCUGGCACUGCGACGGGCUCGACGCCUGGCGCAGAGGCUGGAGCCGGCUCGGUCCCUGGCACUGCAACUGGCUCGACGCCUGGCACAGAGGCUGGAGCCGGCUCGACACCUGGUGGGGUCACCGGCUCGACGACUGGCACAGAGGCUGGCUCUUCAACACCUGGCGCACCAGGAGCAACUGGUUCGACUGGCUCCACGCCUGGCGCGGUGAUCGUUUUGCCGCCUGGCAAAGAGGGCGGCUCGGGGACUGAUUCGGCAGCCAUUUCAGCGGCGGCUGCCGCGGCAGCCGCAGCGGCCAGCGCAGCGGCCAACGCAGCGGCCAACGGAGCUGCCAACGGAGCUACCAACGGAGCGGCAGGGGUGACGAGCCUCGCACCGACAACAGAGGCCAGCGCAACGCUGUCGCCAAUUGCCACCCCAAAUACCAAUCCCACCAUUGCUCCAAUGGCCGGUGCAACGACCAUUGCUCCAAUGACCGGUGCAACGACCAUUCCAGCGGCUUCGCUGGUGACUACAUCUGUUGCAGGAGUAGUCGGUGGCCUGACCACGCUGCCACCGGGUGGCGCCUCCACACCCACGCUUCCUGGCACGCCGACCGGUGCUACGCUGCCCAGCGCCACGCUGGCUCCACUAUCACCGUCGACAGGGGGAGCAGGGGGUGCAGAGGCCGACUGCUUGAAUCGAAUUCGUCAAGUCAACCUUGCAUGCAUUGCUUGUCAGGAGGCGAUCCUGCCGAAUCCGAUUCCUCCACCUAUCAAGGCUGGUCUGCAAGUGGCGGAGGAGGAGAAGAAGAACCAAGCCACCGUCGAGAAAGAGGCAGUUGCUGCAGCUGCCGCAACUGGCUCGGCAGCGGUGGGUCAGGACGAUUCGCAACAGGAUGCCAAGGACAUGGCCACGAAGGUGGCAACCUACGUCUUCCACAAAGACGGUGGCCAGAGUGUCAACGAGGCCAGGAUUUCUGCAGAGAAGGCCGUCAAGACAGCCAUGGAUGCCGAGGGCGGUGAGUUCGUCGCCCGAGGGCGAUUGACGAACCAGCUCAAGGACUGCUGGGAGGCAUGCGGCGAGAAGCCUGGCUACUGCGACGACUUCUGCGGACGGGGCAACGCUUGCUGCCGCAAGACGGGUGACACGGUCGUCCCUGAGGAGUGCACAAAGGUCUACAGUUUCUACACUCCACACUACGAGUGCAUCGUGCCCACGGUCCCCUACACGCCGAAAUCGGUGCUCACUGAACCUUCAGUCAAGGCCAAAGAGGAUGGCACAGGCUCGGCUGCAAUGAUGGUGACAGAUGAGGGAGCCAAGGAGAAUCCCGAGUAUAGCGGUGAUGGCCUCGGCGUCUGGAAGUGGAUCCUGAUCCUCUUCACACUCCUGGCCAUCUGCGCCGCAUGCAUCGCAGGUUGGGAGCUCUCGAAGGGAACCAGAGCGAGCACCCUCAAGGUCUCGCGCGAUGCCGAGGUUUCUGGGCCUGAGGCCGCGAGCCCUCACAGUGGAGAUCUGGAGCUGCAGGCUCCGCUCGUGGGGGCGGCCAAGCCCGGCGCCGUCAGGGCUGGUGCGGCCAGACCUGCCAGGGCUGGUGCGGCGCCGCCUGUCCCGGUUGCAGGGGCGGCAAUGCCAGCGAUGGCGUCCAUGCCAGGGAUGACGUCCAUGCCAGCGAUGGCGUCCAUGCCAGCCACGGGGCCCAUGCCAGCGAUGGGGCCCAUGCCGGCGAUGGCACCCAUGCCAGCGGUGACGGGCAUGCCAGCUUCGCAGGCGCCAAAUGCCACAACACAUCUUGCACAUGCUUCCCCCAGCAGUUGGACCCUGGAACGGUGGUUCCCCCAAAUGGAUUUUAAGUAA